ACUUUUUUUUUGAUACACCGGAGACCGGAAGUCUUGGUGACGGAGCUCGUAGUAAUCAACAAGCUGUAGUUGUGUGCGUACAGCGGUGUUACUGUUCCUGCAUGAAGGUGUUUGAUUUUACUUCAGUUACCGAUUCUUCUCCAAGUGAAGAUUUAGAAGUUCAUUACGGAAGAGAGGAAUGUCAAAAUGGAAAACCAAGAUAGUAUUUUCUGUGAAGGUGGGGGAAACAUUGCUAAAGAGAAACACUUUCUAGGUAAAGUUAAGCAUAGCCAGGCUUACAUGGACAGCUGCAUACAAGAUGACUUGAAGCAAGAAUUUGGCCUAACAAAAAUGGAGAACAAGGAUGAGAGCAAUGUCCAUGCUAAACAAGAGCAUAAUAAUUCAAAUUAUGCUCUGACAAGAGAAGAGCUUUGUAAGGUUGAAAUUUCUGCAGGUGAUAAAUUCAGACAAGAAGAGUGCCAUCCUCAUAAUCAAUGUGCUAAGAAAGAGCAGCUGGAAGAAAAAGUCAGUACCUCUCAAGCACUUUGCUCACAGAUGGAUCCAGUUUUCCCUAGUGUGAUAAAGAAUGCUGGUUCCCAAGGCAAAAUUACUGACUGUGAAGAAGCCUUAAUAAACACAAAAAACAGCCCAUGCCCUAGUAUAGAGUCUAGAAAGAGUUUGAAUCAGUCAAGUAAUUUAACAAUGCACCAAAAGAUUCGUACUGGAGAGAAACCAGCAUGUGGGAAGGCCUUGAAAUACUCAGGAACUCUUAAAACGCACCACCUUGGUCAUGCUGAAGAUAAGGUUUUCAGUUGUAAAGAAUGUGGAGAGACAUUCAUAUUUAUAAGCAGUUUACUAAACCACCAGAAACUUCACGCUGGAGAGAAACCAUCCAUAUACAACGAAUAUGGGGCGAGUUCUAGUGAAGCUGGAAAGUUAAAUCAAAACCGAAUUCACACACAAGCAAAACCUUUCUGUUGCAAUGACUGUGGCAUGACAUUCCGUGAGUCUGGAGCGUUAAGAAAACACCAGAGGAUCCAUUUGGGAGGGAAGCCAUACAGUUGUACUCUGUGCGGAAAGACCUUCAGUCAGUUAAGUAAUUUGAAAACCCACAGGAAGUUACAUUAAGGGAAAAAUGUCAGACUAUUGAAGUGAAAUAAUAACUUGGUAUGAAUAUUGUAGAGCAUAAGAGAAUAUACUGAAUAUGUAAAUAUUUUUUGCCAAAGCACAAUGUUAAUAAAUUGAGUCUUUGAACACA